AUUGGUCAUUUGGGCUGCCUGUCAUUCUAUAAUCGGAUCCAACCAUUGGCUAGCUAGACUUCCUGGGAUUUUGGCGGUGGAGUAAACAUGGCGGAAGAUUUAAAAGGGUGCCAAGUUGUAUGCAAAGUGACAACGAGCCAGUUGCAGACACUCUGUCGUCAUGAAGGGAUUGUGUGCUUGGAUCUGGGGGUCAACAGGAAACAAAUGCACAACUUCGAAGUGGAGUACCUGUGUGACUACAAGAGGACACUUGUUCCUGGUAGGAAGACAGCCAAUGCCACAGGAGUACCAAAGGAGCGAGAGUUCUACUUGGUUAAAUGGAAGGGUUACCCAGAUCACAUGAACACAUGGGAGCCGAGGAAAAACCUGCGGUGUGUGGAGCUCCUACGUCAGUUCUGGGACGAUGUCUUCCUGGAGCUGCAGAGACAGAAAAAGACCGUAGUCCCCAACCAGUUUGAAACAGAGCUGUCCUCUUACCUGGAGCAGAGGGCCAGGCAUAGGCAGAGCCUGCAGAGGUGGGAGGCCCAGAUCAACUGUGUCGGAGGCCUCACCAAACGCAUCCUGGUCCGCAACUGUGUGGACCUGGAGGGCCCUCCGAAUAACUUCACCUACAUCAACAACUACAAGGUGGGUGAGGGCGUUUCGAUGACGACAAUGGCAGUGGGGUGCGAGUGCACCAACUGUUUGGAGAAUCCUGUGGGUGGUUGCUGCCCAGGAGUAUCGGGACAUGGCUUUGCCUACAACGAGUGUGGGCAGGUGAAGGUUAAGCCUGGGGAGCCCAUCUAUGAGUGCAACAAUAUGUGUCGCUGUGGACCAGACUGCCCCAACAGAGUGGUACAGAGAGGGAUCCAGCAUACCCUCUGCAUCUUCAAAACAGACAACGGGCGGGGGUGGGGAGUACGGACCUCUGAGCGUAUCAGAAGGCAUUCCUUCGUCAUGGAGUAUGUUGGAGAGAUCAUCACUACAGAGGAGGCAGAGAGGCGGGGUCAGGUCUAUGACAGACAGGGAGCAACAUACCUGUUUGACCUGGACUAUGUGGAGGAUGAGUACACCAUUGAUGCUGCUCACUAUGGAAAUGUAUCCCACUUUGUCAACCACAGUUGCAACCCUAACCUGCAGGUGUAUAACGUAUUCAUAGACAACCUGGAUGAGCGACUGCCACGCCUGGCUUUCUUCUCAAACCGUGGUAUCAGCGCUGGGGAGGAGCUCACCUUCGACUACAAUAUGCAGAUUGAUCCAAUAGAUGUGGAGAGUACAAAGAUGGACUCCAAUUUCAGCAUGACUAGAUCACCCAAAAAGGCUUCUCUCAUAACUGGAUCACCCAAGAAGCUUCACAUGACUGGAUCACCCAAAAAGGAUCCCCUCAUGAUUGGAUCACCCAAAAAGGAUCCCCUCAUGAUUGGAUCACCCAAAAAGGAUCCCCUCAUGAUUGGAUCACCCAAAAAGGAUCCCCUCAUGAUUGGAUCACCCAAAAAGGAUCCCCUCAUGAUUGGAUCACCCCAAAAGGAUCCCCUCAUGAUUGGAUCACCCAAAAAGCGAGCGCGCAUGGAGUGCAAGUGUGGGACAGACAAUUGCAGGGGGUACUUGUUUUAGGGGUACUUGUUUUAGGGUUGCAGCAAGGACAAAUUUAUACAUUUUACUUUUCCAGGAUUGUCAUCAUGACAAUUCAACUUUAUUUCUGUCAUUUUAAAUGUAUACUAUGGUGUCUGUGAAUAUUUUGCCCUAUUUGAUCAUCAACUAUUCAUUAGUGUUUGGGGCAUCAUGUUUUUUAUUUGUUAAUGUUUAAUUAUUAUUUUUUUAAAGUUAUUUGGUUUUAGUAUACGACACUCAAAUCCAAUCUUAUUGAAUGUACAUUACCAUUCAAAAGUUUGGGGUCACUUAGAAAUGUUCUUGUUUUUUGAAAGAAAAACACAUUUUGAAA